AGUGUAACUUGCGAUAAAGGUAGAUUGAUCGGACACGUUGCUUGUAUUUGGUCAGUGACUGGAGUGAAAUAAGUAGCCAGCAAUACAAGUUGAGCACUAUCAAGGCGAUAAAGUUGGCAACGUGAACUUUGUGGAAAUAGGACCUUCAAAAUAACUCAUUAUUGUAUGCCAGUUAACAAUACACUUUGUUGAAGAAACGGUCAAUAGAAGCAUGCACAAAGUGUGCCUCGUUUUGUUUUUAUUUGCCUCCGUCUACUCUGAGUCGGUAUGGGAGACAUGGAUGCCCAUGAAGACGACCCAAGCUAUUUCUCAUGACGAGCUCAUCUCGUCUGGAGACUCCGCCAACGGCUCAGACUUUGGCUUCCCCGAUGAGGAGCAUGACACAAUUGACAACGAGGACAAGACGGACGACAAUGAGGAUUAUGACGACUUCUCUGGCUCUGGCGACGGAGUACCAACUAUUACAAUCAAAAAUGACAAUACCAUGAAAUCAAAGCCUUCUAUGAACAACAAGAUUCCAGACCUGAGGCUCAAACCCACAGUGAACGAGAUUCAAUUGGUCCAGAAGAACAAUGAAGUGUCAGUAUGGGUUUCUCCCAAGCCUGAGGAGCACCCAUCGAACGUACUGAUGGCCCAUGCAGGGGAGGAGAGCAUCUUCAACAAGACUGAGGUCCUAGCAGCUCUUAUUGCUGGUGGAGCAGUGGGGCUGUUCUUUGCUGUCCUUCUCAUCCUCCUGCUUGUCUACCACAUGAAGAAGAAGGAUGAAGGCAGCUACGACCUGGGAAAGAAGCCCAUCUACAAGAAGGCUCCCACCACAGAGGUCUACGCAUAAAGCCCACCUUCGCCGGGCCACUUGCCUCUUGAAAGCAAACCUCUCCUCUUGUCUGUACAGCCGGGAAGUACCAGAGGGAGAAACCGUCACAGGCAAAAAACUGCUUCUCUUCUACCAUGAGUUCUACAAUGGUUCGUUUAAAUAAAAAAUCGGAAACACUUUAUUAACUGUCCGUUAAUAGGAAGAGGACCAUUUCAGCUGCCAAACAAUGCAGUGCAAGAUAUUGAUGUUUUUUCUUGCCCAUGUAAAAACAAAAGUGUACAUUCUGCAGCGACACUGCAGCAAAAUCUUGACAUUUCCCUCCCACCUUCUCUUUAAUGACACUAACAAGGUGAAUGAGACCUUCACACUCAUGCACCUGACAUGGUACAAAUAUUGGUACGGCUAUUUAUUUUCCUCCCCCUCUAACCUUGGUACCCAUUCUUGUGUUAAUACUGCUAAUACAGAAGUCUGUCACUAUUGCAUUUUAUAUUUGCAGUGCAUUUGUAAAGUAUUCAGACUGCAUUUUUCACAUUUUGUUAUACAGCCUUAUUCUAAAAUGUAUUGAAUGGGGGGGGUCUCCUCAAUCUACUACACCUAAUACCCACCCCAUAAUGACAAACUAAAAAUAAUACUGAAAUAUCACAUUGUCAUAAGUAAUCAGCACCUGUACUUUGUUGAAGUACCUUUUGGCUGCGACUACAGCCUUGAAUCUUCUUGGGUAUGACGUUGCAAGCUUGGUAAACUUGUAUUUGGAGUUUCUCACAAUCUUCUCUGCAGAUCCUCUCGAGCUCUCAGAUUGACUGCACAGCUAUUUUCAGGUCUCUCCAGAGAUGUUCGAUUGGGUUCAAGUCCGGGCUCUGGCUAGGCCAGUCAAGGACAUUCAGAGGUCCCGAAGCCACUCCUGCAUUACCUUGGUGAACCUCCCAGUCUGAGAACCUGUUCCAGAGCGCUCAGGACUUCAAGGAUCUUUCCCUUGAUCCUGACUAGUCUCCCAGUCCCUGCAGCUGAACAUCCCCACAGCAUGAUCAAAUCAAAGUUUAUUUGUCAUGUGUGCUGAAUACAACAGGUGUAGUAGACCUUAGCGUGAAAUGCUUACUUACAGGCCAACAGUGCAAAAAAGGUAUUAGGGUGAACAAUGGGUAUGUAAAGAAAUAAAAAUAACCGUAGCGAAGUCGGCUGAUUUGAGGUAGUAUGUAGAUAUGGUUAAAGUGACUAUGCAUAUAUGAUAAACAGAGUAGCAGCAGCGUAGAAGGGACACACACAAACACAAUGUAAAUAGUCCGGGUAGCCAUUUGGUUACCUGUUCAGGAGUCUUAUGGCUUGGGGGUAAAAACUGUUGAAGCCUUUUUCUCCUAGACUUGGCACUCCGGUAUCACUUGCCAUGCGGUAGUAGAGAGAACAGUCUAUGGCUGGGAUCUUUGACAAUUUUUAGGACAGCCUGGUGUAGAGGUCUUUGAUGGCAGGCAGCUUAGCCCCAGUGAUGUACUGGGCCGUACGCACUACCCUCUGUAGUGCUCUGCGGUCAGAGGACAAGCAAUUGCCGUACCAGGCAGUGAUGCAACCAGUGCUCUCGAUGUUGCAGCGGUAGAACCUCUUGAGGAUCUGAGGACCCAUGCCAAAUCUUUUUAGUUUCCUGAGGGGAAAUGGGCUUUGUCGUGCCUGUCUUGGUGUGUUUGGACCAUUCUAGUUCCACUAUAGCCCCGUCGAUGAUGCUGCCACCACCAUGCUUGUCCUUCUGGAAGAUUCUCCCAUCUCCACAGAGGAGCUCUGUCAGUGACCAUCAGGUUCUUGGUCACCACCCUGACCAAAGCCCUUCUCCCCCGAUUGCUCAGUUUGGCCGGGCUGCCAGUUAUAGGAAGAGUCUUGAUGGUUCCAAACUUCUUCCAUUUAAAAAUGGUGUUCUUGGGGACCUUCAAUGCUGCAGAAUUGUUUUGUUUUUUGGUACCAUUCCCCAGUUCUGUGUCGACACAAUCCUAUCUCUGAGCUCUGCGGACAAUUCCUUCGACCUCAUGGCUUGGUUUUUGCUCUGAUGUGCACUGGGGUGUGUUUUCAAAUCCUGUCCAGUCAAUUGAAUUUACCACAAGUGGGCUCUAAUCAAGUUGUAGGAACAUCUUAAGGAGGAUCAAUGGAAACAGGAUGCACCUGAGCUCAAUUUCAAGUCUCAUAGCAAAGAGUCUGAAUACUCAAGGUUUUCAUAUUUUCAGAUGGGGGGGGUUAUUUUACCCAAUUGAGAAUCAGGCUGUAGAGGGAAAGGCGUCUGAAUACUUUCCGUGUUUGUGUGGUAUCAUGAUUGGUUACGUUUUGAUUCAAAUGUAUUUUGUCAAGAACAGAUUGUCUGAAGUGAAUCCCACAUUGAUGAAAAUAACUUGGUACAUGCUACCAUGUCACUAGCAGUGGCCAAGCUUGAUCCUCCAAGGUGUUUUAUGAUUUAAUUUGAACGGUGCACAAAUCGGCAUGAUGUUAUUCCUCUCGGACAACUCGCUGUGUGAAUACACCCGCAUUCCACCCACUCAAUUAUAUCAUACAUGCAUGACUGGUGAUCUCAUUUUUUUCAUGUCGGGCCUUAUCUCAGUGAUGCCCAUGCUUGUAAACUAAGCUAUUUAAAUAGGUUAUGGUUUAUCGCUGUUGACAGAAAACAACAAGACUCGUCACUGCACGUGGACUAUACGCUUCCAGGGAUCUGUAAUAUAGCCAUUUGAAUAAAUGUUAAACUUGGUACUUGUCAGAUGUUUAUUUACCAAAUAUUUUAAAAUGCCAAAUAAAAAAAUCAUCUUCCCAAUACUUUCAGGUUAACAUUACUGUAAAUGUUUGGAAUAAUUGGUUUCUUCAUGCCUAAGAAGCCUAUAAUGAGAAGGUUUUUUUUUAAAUUACCAAUGCUAGUACUAUGUUUUUAGUAGAUUACUUGUUAAAAAAAUGGUAUUUAACUGUCAUAUUUUGUCUCAGGUUGGCACUUCCCCUUUAAGUUGUAUGUGUUAACAUUUUUAUGUACACACAAAGCAGGUUUUUUUUUUUUUUUUUUUUUUGUAAGGGUUUGAUUUCUUGUAAACAAUUUUAAGCUGUUUUAUGUUUUGUAGAAGGAUUGCUAUGAAAUUGUUCAGAGGAACUGAAUUGAGCCAUGUCAUUUGCAUGGGGGGAAAAAAUAUGCUGCUUUGUCACAACGAGAUGUGACGCUCAAUUGAGUGUUGAAGUCAAUAAAUCAUUGAUUUCUGCACGCAGGUUCUGAUUUAUAUUUGGAAAUAAAGCUGUUUUUAUGCACAUGAA